GUCGCAAACGAGUCCCGCCCCUAUUUCCCCCUCUUUCCGGCCGCACCACCACCACCGCCUCCGUUCCUCACUUGCCCCCACCGCCGACUGCGAGCUGCUCCGCCGCCGCCGCCACCCCCACCCCCAAUCGGGCGCCGCCCCGCGCCGCGAUUGCCCCUCCCGCGUCCGACGCCGCCGGUUCCCCCGACCCAGGGAAGCCCCAGUUUGUUGCAAGCUGUGCACCGCCCGGUGGGGUGGGGGGGGGGGGUUUGAUUUGGGGCUGAUCUGAUCGGCCCCCCGCUAGAUGGUGACCCACGCCGAGGAUGUCUCGCCGACGGCUUCCUCGUCGGAAUUGGAGCAGGAGGACGACGACGAUGACUGCUACUUGAGCGAUCAGGAGGACGACGCCCUAGAAGAGUCCGUCCUCCAGGUGCUGGAGGACGAACGCGACGAGGAUUGCCAUUGGUCCUCCACCUCCGUGAUCACCAAGGAAUCCCUCUUGGCGGCGCAGAGGGAGGAUCUGAGGAAGGUUAUGGAGCUGCUAGGGUUGAGAGAGCACCACGCGCGGACGCUGCUCAUCCACUACCGCUGGGAUGUUGAAAGGAUUUUCGAGCUGCUUGAUCAGAAGGGGAGGGACAGACUCUUCUCAGAGGCUGGUAUUCCUCUCCAGCCUGCCAAUAAUGCUGGCUCGCCCUCCUCGACGGAGGUAACCUGCAAUGUUUGCUACGAUGAUGUGCCCCACUCGGACGCCUCUAAGAUGGACUGUGGCCACAACUACUGCAAUGAAUGCUGGACAGGAUAUUUCAUUGUGAAGAUAAAUGAAGGACAAAGCCGCCGCAUCAAGUGCAUGGCUCCAAAGUGCAAUACUAUCUGCGAUGAAGCAAUAGUUCGUAAGCUAGUAAAUGCAAAGCGACCAGAUAUUGCAGAGCGCUUCGAAAGAUUCUUAUUGGAAUCUUAUAUCGAGGACAAUGAUACAGUCAAGUGGUGCCCAAGCACACCGCAUUGUGGAAAUGCUAUACGUGUCAAAGGUGAUAUUCACUGUGAGGUGGAAUGCACAUGUGGACGCCAGUUUUGUUUUAAUUGCUCCUCAGAAGCGCAUUCACCAUGUUCCUGUUUGAUGUGGGAGCUCUGGAUCAAGAAAUGCCGUGAUGAAUCAGAGACCGUGAAUUGGAUAACAGUAAAUACUAAGCCCUGUCCCAAGUGCCACAAACCUGUGGAGAAAAAUGGUGGCUGCAAUUUGGUUGCAUGUAUAUGUGGGCAAGCAUUUUGUUGGUUAUGUGGUGGUGCUACUGGUAGGGAUCACACUUGGUCAAGUAUUAGUGGCCAUAGUUGUGGCCGAUUCACUGAAGAUCAGUCGAAGAAGACAGAGCAAGCUAGGAGAAACCUUUAUCGGUAUAUGCACUACCACAACAGAUACAAAGCUCACACUGAUUCUCUUAAGCAGGAAGCAAAGCUUAAGGGUGACAUCCAGGGGAAGAUUUCGAUUUCUGAAAACAAGGAUUCCAAGAUAAAAGAUUACUCUUGGGUGAUAAAUGGAUUAAACAGACUUUUCAGAUCAAGGCGGGUUCUUUCAUAUUCUUAUCCAUUUGCAUUCUACAUGUUUGGUGAUGAGAUUUUCAAGGAUGAGAUGACUCCUGACGAAAGAGAACUGAAGCAAAACCUAUUUGAGGACCAGCAACAACAAUUAGAAUUCAAUGUUGAAAGACUAUCUGGUUUCCUUGAGAGGGAAUUUCAGAAUUUUACUGAUGAUGAGGUUAUGGAUACAAUGAAGCAUGUCAUCAAUCUUUCCACUGUGGUAGACAGACUCUGCAAGCAAAUGUACCAGUGCAUUGAGAAUGAUUUAUUGUAUCCGCUGCGCACGCCUCAUAAUAUUGCUCCAUACAAAUCCAAGGGCCUUGACAGGGCCUCAGAGCUUAAUGUUUAUUGGGAUUCUUCUGAACAAGGUUUGCAAUCAAUGAAAUGCAGUCAAGAUGAACACAAGAGUCAGCCUGGUUUUUCUGGCUCAUCUAUUCUCGGAAAGCAGCCGCUUGGCUCCAGUUCUAAUAACAAUGGGCGACCUCCCAAGCGAGAAAGAAAUGAUGCCCAUGGUGGGGCUGCACUUUUUGACCUCAAUGUGCCAGCCGAAGUGGCAGACAAGAUAUGAAACUUAAAAUAACUUAUAGCACAUUCCGUUUCAAGUGUACAGCUGACCUGGGCUUCUUCAGCUACAUAAAGGAAAAAACUCUGCUCUUUUUUGUGUCCUUAGGGUGACUACAUUGCAAGUUUAAACUGGGGUCUGGGGCUAUAUAAUUCCAACAAAUAGGGUAGCGAACAAUUCACUUAUCCCCUUGUAAAUCAUGACCAGAAUUGAUGCCAAUGUGCAAUGUGCACACUGCAUAGCUCUUAUAAUGCUAAAUCUACCCCCGGGCAAGACGAUGGCAUUUUGGAAGAGAAAUUUUGAAAUGCCCUUUUGCA